AUGACCGAGAAGAUCGACCCCGUGGACACGGUCCAUGUUCACGACAAUGACUCCGAAAAGAAGGAGAUCGAGACCAAGGUCGUCACUGGCUCUGAGGCCUUCAACGAGGCUAUGAUCAAGGAGCCCCCCAAUGCCUGGAGCAAAGCCCAGAUCUUGAUCUACGCCUUCUCGCUCGUCGGUUUCUUCUGUUCUACCAUGAACGGAUACGAUGGAUCGCUCAUCAACAACUUGCUUCAGAACCCGUCUUUCAAAGAGCGUUACGGCGCCAAGAACGACGGUAUCUGGGCCGGUAUCAUCUCUUCCAUGUACCAGAUUGGUGGUGUCGUCGCCUUGCCCUUUGUCGGUCCUGCCCUCGACACAUGGGGUCGUCGUGUCGGUAUGUUCAUCGGUGCCGCCAUCAUCAUCAUCGGAACUUGCAUCCAGGCCACCGCCAACGGCACCAGCCAGUUCAUGGGAGGUCGCUUCCUCCUCGGUUUUGGCGUGUCCAUUGCCGCCUCCGCUGGUCCCAUGUACGUCGUCGAGAUUAACCACCCCGCCUACCGCGGUGUCGUCGGUGCCAUGUACAACACUCUCUGGUUCUCCGGUGCCAUCAUUGCCUCCGGUGCGGCUCGUGGCGCUCUCGACAUUGACGGAGAUGCCUCGUGGCGUUUGAUCACCUGGCUCCAAGCCCUGUUCUCCGGUCUCAUUUGCAUCUUCUGCCUGUGGAUGCCCGAGUCCCCCAGAUGGCUCUUCGUCAACAACAAGAAGGACCAAGCCGCUGCCGUCCUCGCCAAGUACCACGGCAACGGCAACGCUGAGUCUCCCUGGGUCAAGCUCCAGCUCCACGAGUACGAGGAGCUCCUCAACAUGGACGGUGCUGACAAGCGCUGGUGGGACUACCGCGCGCUCUUCCGCAACCGUGCCUCUGUCUACCGCCUCAGCUGCAACGUGUGUAUUUCCAUCUUUGGUCAGUGGGCUGGUAACGCCGUUUUGUCUUACUUCCUCGGUUCUGUUCUCGACACUGCCGGCUACACCCACCCCAUCCAGCAGGCAAACAUUACCCUCAUCAACUCUUGCCAGCAGUUCGCUUUCGCCAUCUUCGGUGCCCUCCUGGUCGACAGAGUCGGUCGGCGUCCUCUUCUGCUCUUUUCAUUCACCGCCUGCACAAUCGUCUGGCUCGGCAUGACCGUUGCUUCUGGUAUCCUCUCCAAGUCACAGAUUGGUGUGACCGAUGGCGGUGCUCCCAUCUUUGACAACCCGGCCGCCUCCCAAGCUUGUUUGGCCAUGAUCUUCAUCUUCGGUUCCGUCUACUCCGUCGGUAUUACACCCCUUCAGGCUCUCUACCCCGUCGAGGUCCUCUCUUUCGAGAUGCGUGCCAAGGGUAUGGCCUUUUCCAACUUGGCUGUCAACGCUGCCGGUCUCCUCAACCAAUUCGCCUGGCCUGUUUCGAUGGAGAAGAUUGCUUGGAAGACUUACAUUAUCUUCACCAUCUGGGAUGCCAUCCAGACUGUCAUUAUCUACUUUUACAUUCCUGAGACUAAGGGCCGCACUCUCGAGGAGCUCGACCACAUCUUCGCCGACCCCAAGCCUGUCAAGGCUUCCACCAGGAAGAAGGCUGUCGCUGUCGAUCGCUACGGUGACGUCGUCAACGUUCAGGACGUCUAA